AUGACUGAUUUCAAACCUAGAUUUGUUAAGCCUGCUGAUACCAACAGUUAUUUGGAUAAAAGUGAAUCAUAUGCUAUAGAAACAUCAGAUUUUAUUUACAACAAGCAUAUAUCACAGUCUAUCCAAACUCAGAGGCAGAGAUUACCCAUAUUCAACAACAGAAACCAUAUUCUUUAUCUGCUGGAAAAGCAUCAAACCCUUAUUUUAGUUGGAGAGACAGGCUGUGGGAAGAGUACACAAAUUCCACAGUAUAUGAUCGAAGCGGAAUGGCCUGGUCAAAUAGGGGUAUGUGAACCUAGAAGGGUAGCGGCCAUUUCCUUGGCCAACAGGGUGGCGGACGAGAUGGGGUGUCUGGUGCAACAGGACGCUGUCGGAUACGCUGUCAGGUUCGAUGCUUGUCAUAACAAGCCGAAAAUCAAGUACAUGACAGAGGGUAUAUUGUUGAGGGAAAUGAUGGCUGACCCCCUUUUGAAAAACUACUCAGCUAUAAUGAUGGACGAAGUACACGAACGAUCUUUAUACACUGACAUUCUCAUGGGUCUCAUGAAAAAAAUUUUAAGAAAACGAAAAGAGCUGAGAUUGAUUGUAGCCUCAGCAACUUUGGAUGCGAAGGAACUUAAAGAUUUCUUCAAUAACAACCAAACGAAUGAAAAGAAAAAGGACACUGCAGUGAUAAUGUCAGUGGAAGGAAGGCAGUACCCUGUAGAUAUAUUCUAUGUGGCCGAGCCUGUGCCAUGUUACAUCCAAGCGUCCGUAGACGCCGUCCUCAAGAUACACUCCUCCAAACAGCCGGGCGAUGUGUUGGUGUUCCUCACCGGCCAAGAAGAAGUGGAAAGGGCGGUGAGGCUGCUCAACGAGCACGCCCAUCUGCUGGAAGAGGCCCAGAAGAAGGAGAAAUUGCUGGUGCUGCCCAUGUACGGGUCGCUGCCCUACCACGACCAGAUGAAGGUGUUCAAACCGGCGCCCAACGGGUGCAGAAAGGUGGUGGUGGCCACGAAUGUGGCUGAGACGUCGGUGACAAUAUCAGGAAUCGUUCACGUUAUUGACUGCGGGUUUGUCAAGAUGAAAUGGUACAACACAGAGACACAUACAGACAGCUUGGUAACCUUGCCAAUCAGUAAAUCAUCGGCCGACCAAAGAGCUGGUAGAGCUGGAAGAGUCAGAUCUGGAAAAGUUUACAGGCUAUAUACCGAAGAAUUUGCUGCUAAACUGGCGCUCAGCACCCCUCCGGAGAUGGUGAGAAGUAACCUCACUUUUCCGGUGCUCCAGAUAAAAGCUUUGGGCAUCAACAACAUCCUGAAAUUCAAUUUCCCCAGUCCGCCGCCCGUCCAGAAUCUGAAAAGCGCCCUGGAAAUUCUGUACGCCUUGGACGCCAUCGAUAUACAGGGCGAACUGACCGCCCCCAUGGGCUUCCACAUGGCCGAAUUCGCUUUGGAUCCGCUCUACUCCAAAGUUCUACUCGCCUCAGGUGAUUUCGAUUGUUCCGAAGAAAUCCUGACGAUUAUAUCGAUGCUCCAAGUAGAGACGGUAUUCACGAAACCAUCUACGGGGGCGUCGAUAAUCAAAGCGAAAAUUCAAAAACGGCUCUUUGAAGUGGAAGAAGGCGAUCUGAUAACCUACUUGAACGUGUUCAACGGUUUCGUUCAAAGCGAGAUGUCUCAAGGUUACUGUCACAAAAACUUCCUGAACUACAAGAGUCUGAAGAGGGUGGUCGAGAUACGAAACAGGCUCGAAAAAAUGCUGAAAAACUACGACGUACCGAUUGUAUCUUCUAUAAGGUCCACAGAAGCUAUUCGCAAAUGUUUGGUGAAGGGAUUGUUCCCCAAUGCUGCUUAUCUUCAUCACAGUGGUGUUUACAAAACCAUAAGAGGUGACAUAGAGCUGUAUGUUCACCCGGAUAGUGUUAUUUAUACCAUACCCCAGCCUCAGUGGGUGAUCUUUUGUGAAGUAGUGCACACAACUAAACUUUUCAUGAGGGAUUUGACGGUCAUUGACAAUGAAUGGUUGCUAGAAUUAGCGCCGCAUUUUUACUACAAGACUACCUUUCAUGAAUAA